CCGCGCGCGCGCGCGUUUUAAGGCGUAUCCUCAAUCCGCACGGAAAUAUGGCACAAAGCAACGUCUCCGUCCCCCGUCCCGUCACAGGUCAGGUGACUCGACAGACUCGGUCGAGCAUCGCCGAGUGGAGAUAAUCGUUCGUUGAAGUUGAGGUUAGGACGCCUCAGAACCGAUUAACUGCCAGAGCUUCUUCGCGACUUUGUCCCGCGAUAGCCGAUCCGGUCGCUCCGCGCGAGAUCGCCCACGGAGGAGGUCGACCUUGCCAACGACAUCGCGACACGAUCGCGGACACUGAUGACGUCGAGGGUGCGUUGCGCCGUAGCCGCUACACGUACGACUCUGACGUAGUCGGUCGGGAAGUGUCCCGCAGCCAGCGCAGGUCCGAGAGGUAGAGAGAUGCUCGUCGUGAAUAACGUUACGCGGCGAUAGGCUCCGCGCGCUCUCUCGUGCCGCCGAUCUUGCGCUCGAUCUUCGUCGCCCAGCGACGAAUUCCGCGCGAGUCGUGACAUUGACUUGACGGCUCAACCGUGUCUGAUGCUCCAGUUUUCUACACCUCGUCAUUUUCCCCCGUUGUAUGUUCCACAACAGUGUAUGUGACGAUCUCUCGCAUUGCGAUUGCCAGGAUUGCGAUCGCUCUCGCGGCUCUUUUUUGCGUUUCCCACGGUGCGUACAUUGUAAGAAAACAUGCCUCUGUUUGGAAAGUCCCAGAAGAGUCCGGCGGAAGUGGUGAAGGCUCUGAAGGAGGCGGUAAACGCAUUGGAACGCGGCGACAAGAAGGCGCAAGAAGACGUAAGCAAGAACCUUGUGCACAUUAAAAAUAUGCUAUACGGCACGGCCGAGACGGAGCCGCAGGCGGACAUCGUGGUGGCACAGUUGGCGCAGGAGUUGUACAACAGCAACCUGUUACUUCUGCUUGUGCAAAAUCUGAGUCGUAUCGACUUCGAGGGCAAGAAGGAUGUCGCGCAGGUCUUCAACAACAUUCUGCGGAGGCAAAUUGGAACCAGAUCGCCCACGGUGGAGUACAUAUGUACCAAACCCGAAAUUCUCUUUACACUUAUGUCUGGUUACGAACACCAAGACAUCGCGCUCAAUUGUGGCACUAUGUUACGGGAGUGUGCGAGAUACGAGGCAUUGGCUAAGAUUAUGAUUUAUUCGGACGAUUUCUACAAUUUCUUCAGAUACGUCGAAGUUUCUACGUUCGAUAUCGCAUCCGAUGCUUUCUCUACGUUCAAAGAAUUACUUACGAGGCACAAGAUACUCAGCGCCGAAUUCUUAGAGAUAAAUUACGAUAAAGUUUUCUCACACUAUCAGAGGUUACUCAAUUCGGAAAACUAUGUAACACGACGACAGAGUUUAAAGCUACUGGGCGAACUACUGCUCGACAGACACAAUUUUACUGUCAUGACACGAUAUAUAUCGAAUCCAGAUAACUUAAAGCUGAUGAUGAACAUGCUGAAGGAGAAGUCUCGCAAUAUACAGUUCGAGGCUUUCCACGUUUUCAAGGUAUUUGUCGCGAAUCCGAACAAACCGAAACCCAUCCUGGAUAUAUUGCUCCGCAAUCAGGAAAAGCUGAUAGAGUUCCUGACGCGCUUCCAUACGGACCGUUCUGAGGACGAGCAGUUCAACGAUGAGAAGGCGUAUCUGAUUAAACAGAUCAAAGAACUUAAGUCUGUACAUGAUAAUUAAGUCAAAGAAAAUACAAUUAUUGCUACCGCUAUGACUAACUA